UUCAAUGAUGAUUCCUCCAACUCCAGAUAUGUUAAUACCCAGCACUCCGGCAAUAGCAGAAAAAUAUCAAGAUGAAAGUUUUGUAUCUGAUAAGAAGAAUGAUUCCACAAUAUCUAUUCUUGAAGAAACAUGUGGUGAACUUGAAACCAAAGAAAACGAUGAAUCAUUAAAUGAAAAUUUGGCAGAUAUCAGUACUCAGAGUGAUUUAACCCAAGAUCUUCCAGAAUUAGAUCCAACUCAAGAGAUUUUGUGUGAUAUAAAAACACCUAAUAUGUCUUCACCAAAAGAAGUCAUUGAUAUCUCAGCUGAGAACGAAAGUGAUGAUGAUGACUGGAAAUUAAAAUUUAGUGAAACACAGGAAACCCAAGAAUUUGUUUGUACAAAACAAGUAGAAAAAUGUGAAGAGCCUGAGGAGGUUAUUUUGGUAAAAGCUGAUCAGGAUGAUGAAGAAGUUACUUUAAAGAAAGAUUCCGAAGACGUUAA